AGAAAACAUAGAAACAAGCUGUGAAGAAUCUUUACAGAGGCCAACAAGAAAUUCUAAGGAAUUGAGCUAUGGACGCUUACAAGGUUCUCGUCGUUAUCCUUGCAAUUUUUCUUCACCGUGGUUAUUGCCGAGCAACUGCUUUUGACAAAAUCACGCGUAGAAUUCAAGAUGGCGGAGUCCAGUACACGCAGGGUGCUGCCGCAUGGAGACAAAAGAGGUCCCCUGGUGACGAGCCAAGCUGUUACACUGGUGCACAUGCGUCACUCACUUUGCCAAGCAACAAGACAGUUGCUGUUCCCAUUUGUAAGCAGGUUACGUCUUCCGCAACUGCAUGUUUCAGCUCGAUGGCAAACAACAACCACCAGAGGAAAUGUGUGCCGUCCCAUAUAAUUUCAGUGGAAGGAAUGGCGUUUAGUACAGCCUGUUCAUGUGCACCAUAGAAUAAUUAAUACUGAAUACUUUUGCCCUUAAGAAAGUGUCAGGAACACAAGCAAGGACUUUAUUUAUAUCGACCGUUGAGUCAUUUAUAUUCGUAGUAUGUCCAUAUCUGUCGGA